ACUUUACGUAUUUUGUAGAGGUAUGGGAUCCUUUGAUUUCUUGUUAUGACUGUUUUAAACCAUCUCCAGGCUGUUACACCGGUAACCCCUUGGACUACCGUGGAAUAUUGGCCAAGACGCAGUCCGGAAAGACGUGUCAACGCUGGGACUCCCAGUACCCUCACUCCCAUGAAUACAACCCAAUGGACUAUCCCCAGUCUGGUUUGGAGGAGAACUACUGCCGUACCCCGGAUGAGGACUCGGAAGGCACGUGGUGUUACACAACUGACUCUGCUACCAGGUGGGAAUACUGCGACCUCAGCUCCGGAUGUGCCGGCGGCACCACUACCCCCACCACUGGCGGUACCGGUACCGGAGACGGUACCUGCGGUGUUCCCGCCAUUUCUCCCAACCGCAACCGUAUCGUGGGGGGUCAGGACGCCAAGCAGGGCAGCUGGCCAUGGCAGGUGUCGAUGAUUCGGCAAGGCAGCCAUGUCUGUGGCGGUUCCAUCAUCGCACCCAACUGGAUCGUUACUGCUGCUCACUGUGUUGACAGUGACCUUUCUCCCAGCCAAUGGACGAUCCGUGUGGGCAGCCACCGCCGCCAGAACACCGACUCCACCCAGCGGGACCACGCCGUCAGCAGGGUCAUCAUGCACGAGAGAUACAGCAUGAGCCUUUCUGACGACAAUGACAACGACAUCGCCCUGAUGAAGUUGUCCAGCAGCAUCACGUUUGAUGAUUACGCCAGCCCUGUGUGCCUGCCAACAGUCGACGCACCCGACGGUGCCAUGUGCUACACCACCGGGUGGGGAUCCACGGGCGGGAUAUUCGGCCAGCUGCCCAACAUCUUGCAGCAGGGUAAGGUGCCGGUGGUGAGCAGGUCCACUUGUAACAGUGGCAGCUACUACAAUGGCGAGAUUACCGACAACAUGAUCUGUGCUGGUUACACACAGGGAGGCAUCGAUUCCUGCCAGGGUGACUCCGGUGGGCCUUUCGUUUGUGAGUACAGCGGACAGUGGACCCUGGACGGCGUCGUGUCCUGGGGAACCGGCUGCGCACAGGCCUACAAGCCUGGCGUCUACACACGUGUCACUAACUACAUCUCCUGGAUCAACGACAAGAUGGCGACUAAUUAGGCUCACAUCCUUACAGAGCUUUCUCAGUCUCAGACAUUGAGUACAAAUAAGCUCUGAGUUGCCCGAGAAAUAAAUACCAGGAACGUAAGCACUGAAUA